UUUCGCUAGCAGGAUAGCGUGUUAACCCCGCCGGCUCUCUCCUCCACGGUGCGGGUUUUUUUUAAAUCUGUGAAAUAAAACUCUUUCCCGGCGCCGACUGAGGUCCUCAGGGUCACGUCGCCCUCCCUAGCCCCCGGGUCAGUGCUCGCUCGAACCGUCGGAGGCCUUCCCCAAACCCCCUCUCCCGGAUUCCUGCGCAACUCUCAGUUGACCAAAGAGAUGGUGAUGGAGAAGCCAAGUCCCCUGCUUGUCGGGCGGGAAUUUGUGAGACAGUAUUACACACUGCUGAACCAGGCCCCUGACUAUUUACAUAGGUUUUAUGGAAAGAAUUCUUCAUAUGUCCACGGUGGUUUGACUUCAAAUGGAGACCCAGCAGAAGCGGUGUAUGGACAAGCGGAAAUCCACAAAAAAGUUAUGUCUCUUCAGUUCCGAGAUUGCCACACAAAAAUCAAACAUGUGGACGCUCAUGCUACGCUGAAUGAUGGGGUGGUGGUACAAGUUAUGGGUGAGCUGUCAAACAAUAGACAGCCCAUGAGGCGCUUCAUGCAGACUUUUGUCCUAGCACCUGAGGGUUCAGUUGCAAACAAGUUUUAUGUCCACAAUGAUAUUUUCCGCUAUCAAGAUGAAGUCUUUGGGGAUUCAGAUACUGAGCCUCCUGAAGAGUCUGAGGAAGAAGUAGAGGAACCUGAAGAACAGCAGCCAUCACCAGAGGCUGUCCAGGAUGAUAGUGGAGUUUACUAAUGACCCUGCUGUCAGGUAAGGAAUAGCCAUAAUGGUUUGGAGGAACCCUUAGAAGAACACAUUGUUGCAUCAGAACCAGAACCAGAGCCAACUGUGGAGGAAGUAAAACCUGAGCCUAUAUUGGAGGAGGAGGUUGCUGAGGAGCCUGUGGUAAAAUCUCCAUCCCCUCCACCUGCUGACCCAGCACCUAUUGUAACAGAGGAUUCCAGGACUUUUUCCUGGGCUUCAGUAACAAGUAAAAAUCUGCCCCCUAGUGGCAUUGUUCCCACCACUGGAAUUCCACCUCAUGUUGUCAAAGCCCCUACACCACAGCCACGGCCAGAGACAAAACCAGAAAUACAGAUUCCAGCUCCAAGGCCUCGUGAUCAACGGAUCAGGGAACGGCAAGGUAUGCCACCACGAGGCCCCAGGCCAGGUCGCAGUGAAAAUGAGACGGGAGAUACAGAAGCACGGCGCACAAUCCGAUACCCAGACAGUCAUCAGUUAUUUGUUGGAAACCUGCCCCACGAUAUUGACGAGACAGAGCUGAAAGAAUUCUUCACAGGUUAUGGCAAUGUGGUGGAACUCCGCAUUAACACCAAGAGUAGUGGCGGGAAAUUGCCCAACUUUGGUUUUGUUGUAUUUGAUGAUCCUGAGCCCGUUCAGAAGAUCCUGAGCAGCAAGCCCAUUAAAUUCAGAGGAGAGCUUAGGCUAAAUGUAGAGGAGAAAAAAACCCGACCUAUUCGUGAAGGUGAACGUAGAGGCGAUGAUCGCCGGGAAAAUAGACCGAGAGGACCUGGUGGGCCCCGUGGUGGACUUGGCGGUGGAAUGAUGCGUGAUCGGGAGGGCCGGGGUGGCCUGUCCAGAGGAGGCCUAACACAGAAACCAGGACCAGGAGCUGGAAGAGGAGGUGGACAAGGAGAGUCUCGUUUCUCAGGGCCACGUCACUGAAAGUACCUUCACUGCCUACUGGUGUGAGCUGAUGGUACUAAUGUUCUCUCUCAUGCUCUUGUGAUUCAGCUUUGUUUUUGGAAUGUGAUUUCGACCUGUACAGAUUUAUUUUUUUCAGUACAGAAAAUGGCCUUUGUUUUUUUUUGUUCUCGACUUGUGUAGUAGUCAUCGUCCCACGAAACAUCCUAUCUGAAUUUUUUAUUUGUUCUUAAAAAAAAACUGAUUUUAAAAUCAGAAUCUCCUGCUUGAAGACAGAUUCUUACCGCAGUGGAUUGGGGUGACUAACAGCUAUGAACUGGAUUUUAGUACCUGCUGCCUCCCAGCUGCUCCGAGAACGUGUUGGCCCUUAUUGACUGAAAUUUGGUGCAGAAUUUUUAAAUUGGAAACCUGGUUGCAUUUUAUUUCCACACAGACAUUCAUCUUCAGAAAACCUUGUUAUGUAGCACCCAGCAAUUUUUAAAACAUUCUGUCUACGUGGCACAGUGUUCUCCUGUUCGAUUAUGGAGGACAUGGUGCUAUCUGUAUUUGGACCGGAACAAAUGUGAUUACUAGAUGGUUGGUAAUAAGCUGCAAUGCUGUAAACUGGAGAAAGCUGCCAGUUCCUGUUCAGAACUGCUGUGCUAUUAAGAUCAGACGUGGACUAAUACAAUAGAUGUGAGUCAUCAACAUCUUUCCUUUCAAUCUUUUAAUUUUCAUCAUUGGAGGAUCUCUUUCACAGUGGGACUUUUAAAACAUUUAACUCUGGCAUACUUGACAUCAAGACACGUUUCCUCUGGAAUUGUGAAUUUUUUUUAAAACUGUAAAUUGCAGAAAAACUUUUCUGGUUUAGUUUGUAUUGUAAAGCGUAUGGUUGUGCCUUCUAUUUAUCUCUCAUUCCAAUCUUGGCAAAGUUGUACAAAUAAAUGUAGAUUGCUUUAUUCAA